AUGUCAAUGGUAUAUCCAAAAUUGGCAGUGAGAGAUAGCAUUGAUGAUGAUGAUCUCACUGAUAUUGAUGAUGAGGUAUUUAUUAGAGAUGGAAGAAAUAUUGGAUUGAAGUUAGAUGAUGGUGGUGUCAAGCGGCCGCUUAUGCCACCUCGUAGAAAAUGCAAGAAAUCUUGUAGUUUUCAAACUCAUAAAUUACCAUACAAGGCACUUUUCGUGCCACUGUGUUAUGGAAUUACAGCGUUAAUUAUAAUAUUAGGUUUAAUCAUACUUUGUAUAUUCAUUGUGAAUAUAUUUCCGAUGCCAUUAACUAUAUUGAAAAAUUGGUUAACACGUGAACUAGAAGACAUCUCUAUAAAUAAGUCUGAAAUAAUACCAUGUACAUCACUUUCAUCAAAAAUUGUAUGGACUAGAUCAUUACCAAAGUUAACUUCCGAAGCACCUCUAAGAAGUAAUGAUGUUAAUUUUGAUGGAAUUGAAGAUAUUAUCGUGGGAUUUAGCACAGGUCUGGAUACAAUGGAUGCUCCAGAAUAUAUUUGUACUUUAUAUUUUGGCAAUCAAACACCAUGUCUAGGCGGUGUAUUAGCAUUGAAUGGUAAAACAGGUGAUAUCAUGUGGACACAUUGGACUGCCCAUGCCAUAUUUUCCAUUGAUUGUGGUGUGGAUUUAACAAAUGACAAAAUUAAAGAUUGUAUCAUAUCUGGGCGCGGUGGGAUUCUGCAAGCUAUCAACGGUCGUGAUGGUUCUAAUAUAUGGGAAAUACCGAUUCAGGAUACAAUAGCAUCGCCACAGCAACAAAGAAUUUUAGAUGUCUACGAUGCUAGAUUUAUAACAGAUAUGGAUGGCGAUGGUAUUGGUGAUGUAAUAGCAUCACAUGCCAUGCAAUUGGACGACAUCCGAACUAGUAAUGUACUUGUAAUAUCGGGAAAGCAUGGGGAUAUUAUACGCGAUGUUAAUUUACCAGACACAGAACAGCUAUUCAUAGCACCGCAAAUUAUGGUACAAUCCGACGGAGAAAAUAUAUUCGUUCUAGCUACAAGUAGUCAACAAGAAGCUGGAGGAUUGUACAUAGUAUCCCAAGCUAAUAUAUUUUAUGGUGAUUUGCAAUUACGAAAACUUCAUCAUAAUACAGGAAAAGGUGCACUUUUACCACCGAUUUUGAUCGAUAUUACAUCGGACGGAAUUGAAGAUAUUGUGGCGGCUAUGUUCAAUUCUACAAUUAUGGCAUACAAUGGAUCAACGUUUGAACCUAUCUGGAAUUACACAGUCCCUAAUUCUGAAGUAAUUAGCAUUCCAAUUCCUGGUUAUUACAAUGACGAUAAUAUACCAGAUUUUAUGAUAAAGCAUCAGAUAGGUGCUGGUUUUCCCACGUAUUAUUAUACCGUGGCUACAAUCAUAGAUGGUCGUAAUGGACAACCUUUGCUCGAAAAACCGAUAGAGGAUAGCUUGAGCAGACAAAUGUCCGGAUUGUCGAUCACUGUUGACGGAUUCGGUAAUGAUUGGUUUUUGCAUUGGUCUGCUGACUGUUUAAACUAUGAGGGGAUCAAAGAGAAAUAUCAAUUUUUGAAAGGUCAAAGUCUUGCGUCGCAAACGCGCGCUGACCUCUGCCGGUUAAGAUUUAAUUCGACGCUCACCAUGAGGCUACUGGCUUUGAGUCAACAUGUUGGCCCACCCGGAAUAUCGUUGUAUUUCUCGGAGGAUUGGAAAUCAUUGGAAUUCAAUAAUUCGAUUGAUCCACGAAAAGAGGCAGAGAAAUUUUUGGAUGCCGAUCAUCGAUUCGAAAUCAUGAAUACUUAUGUUAACAUACCACUGGUUUCUGAGAGAUCACCAAAAGACCAUAAAAAUCAUCAGAAAGAAAGUAUCUUCAAGCAUAAAAAUAAUCUACUUGCGGAGAUCGGCAAAUACGAUUCGGAUGCGGAGUACGAUGAAAAUUUCGAUGAAUUAAAGAAUCACAAGAAACAUGAUUUUGAAGACGAUGUCAUAGAAAAUUUGGGCAGCGAUGAAGUAUGGAAACAAAAUAAUAAUAAAUGGAUAGAAGAUAAUGUACAAUUGAAUAAAAAGUAUAAUAGUCUAUACAAGAAUGAUAACAGUAACAAUGAAGAUGAGGAACAAAAUGUAGAUUAUCUUCAAACUGAAAUACGAGAACAGAGGAGUGCUGAAAUUAAAGAUCCAUAUUUUAUAAGUAUUUCUCAUGGAGAACAUGUUUCUAAAAAAAUUACCGAUAAUUUAAUAUCUAAAAUUAAAGCUAAUUUAAUAUCUAAAACUAACGAUAAUUUAAUAUCUUCUAAAUUAAUACAACAUCAUUCGCAAUUGAAUAAUGAGAAUGUUAACAUAAAAAAGAAAAAAGGAAUGGAAAAUAUCAAUAAAAGAAAUUAUUCAAUGAGCAAAAGUGAUGUAAUGAAUAUAUCAUUGGCAAAUAUGUCAACAUUAGAACCUGAAGAAAAUAUAUCAACCAUAUUGAAUCAUAGAUUAAAUAUCGUAAAAACUAUUACAAUGCAUAAUACAUUAAAUACAUCAGUAAUUACAAGCGAAACAAUAAAAGCAAAUAAUACAAAUUUCGACUUUAAAAUACCGAAAGUCACAUAUACCGAAGCAUCCAAUAUUACAACAAACCAAAUAAUAACUGAUCAUCAAGUUACAACUUCCAAAGUUGCAAGUAUGAUACAGCAAAAACAGAUUUACAAGCAUAGUUUUCCAAAUAUUGUACAAGACGAUGAUAUUAGUAUAGAAAAAGUAUUUAAACGAGAAUCACUGAAAAAUCAAAGUAAAAUUAAUAAAAAACAACCUUUGAUAUUAUCUGUAAAGGACAAAAAUUAUAAAAUACAACAGAAGCGAAGAAUAAAACGAAGAUCUGAAACUAACGGUAAUCAACCGAACAAUAUUAAUGGUAUUCGGAGACAACCACCAACUGGUAUUUUGUUGCCAUCUAUCGAAUCCAAAAGAAAAACUUCGGUAGAUCUAGUCUUCUCUACAUUUUGGCUGCCAUCAUCUGAGGUGUCUCUAAUUUUGUCACAAGUGGAUCUGAAAUGCAUUCAUAGGAAAAAAGCAUUAUCAGAGAAUAAGCUCCAGUACAAAAAAGAUGAUGAUAUUAUCAGCGAAUGUUUAUCCGAUCGAGGUAUUGAUUAUAAAUUAUAUCAAGAAUCAAUGGAUAGAGAAAAUACCAAAAUUGCACUUGGUCAAAUGACAAUAUACAGAAUAAAACUGGAGUGUGUAUGUCCAGAGGAUAUGUUACCUAACCAAACUUGUAGAAAUAUUUCAUUACAUCAAAGUUGGCCCGAACAUCUAGGCUCUUCUGGAAAUGGCUAUUUUAAGCCAUUACAUAGAUUAAAUAAUUGAAAAAAUUUCGAGAUUUCUCUUUUAAGCUACACAUAUAUGAAUUAUUAAGAAAAAUCUUUCAUUGUAACAGUUGAUGAUGUUAGGUGCUUUUUUGAGAUGUGUUAUUAUGAGAUUUCAUUAUUAAUAAUAAUUUGAAUGUAAAUAAUUAUGAUAUAUGAACUAAAUAAUCUAUUGAUCAUAAUUUAUGUAAUAUUAGAAUCAAAGGUAAAUUGUGUAUUAACAGAAACAAAUAAUCUAUAAGUAAUAAAAAAAUAUUUUCUAAUUCAAUCGCACACAAUAUACGGGGUGCCUCGAUAGUCCCGGAACAAUCAAAUAUCUUGAAAAUAAAGCAUUUUUCUCAAAAAUAAUGUUUCAAGUAAAAAUUAUAGGGUUUUAAGUAGCGCAUUAAGCAGCGAUAUGUGAAUGUGAGUUUAAGUAGUGUAUUAUUAAAAUCUCGUAAAAUCAUUUUGAGAUUUUUAAGUAAAAACUCCCAUUUUUAUUGCAUAUUCUUGUAACUUAAGAGCUUUUCAUAACACUAUAAUAAAAUCCUUUCCAUUAAGUAUUUUUCGAAUUAUAAGACUUGGAGAGUACAAUACCGUUAGCAUUAGUAUUAUCCGAAAGUGAUUUUUACGUAACCUUAACAAUGCUGUUUAAAAUCACAUUAACAUAUUGCUAUUAUAAUAUUAAUUUAAAACCUUACAAUUUUUACUUGAAAUAUUUUUCUCCAAAAUGCUUCAUUUUCGAUAUAUUUGACCUGUUCUGAGAUUUUUGGAACAUUCUAUAUAUGAAUUCAUAUGUGUAUUUUCUAUAAUUUAUGAAAGAAAAAAUUUAUUUGUUUUUAAUUAUAUAAAGUUUAUAAAAGAUAUUCUCUAAAAACUUAUUAAUUAUAUUUGUAAAAUAAUAUAUGUAAACAUUUAUAAUUUAUAUAAUCACUGUUAAGAAUGUAAUAUUCAAAGAAUAUAAAAUACAUAUUAUUGAUCAAU